GCGCACGUUGUCUCAGUCGUCCCACUGCAUCAGGUCUGUUUGAUUCUCUCUGUGGAUUAGUAACUCAAACCAUGCUGUUAUUUCGCCCACAGUUCGCCUGAGGUCAAAGAACGCUGGUUAGAUACUCUUCACAGGAAAAUUAAAGAAGCAAAGGCUGGUUGUGCUUCUUCCCCCCCAGACGUCCUCAUGAAGGUUUUGAGUGGCAGCAUCACGACUAAAACUCUGACAGGAGGUGGCAUGGAGCAAUUCAUCGACUUUCCACUUGACGGCGAUGCAAAGAUCUCCGCAGUGUCAAAGCAGUUGGUUAACCAGGAGGACAAGACUCCCAUUGAAACCAAGUGGAAGCUGGCGCGGCGGAGACUCGGCUCCAGUUUCAUCAACAAAGCGAGACGAUCAGAAACCGAGAGAAAGAAUCAACUCUUUGGACGGCCCCUCUGCAAAAUAUGCCCUGAUGAAUGCUCACUUCCUAAACCAGUCACAGAGCUGCUGGUGUGGCUGAGGAAGAGAGGGCCGUCCACAGAGGGAGUGUUUCGGAAAACGUGCAACAACAAGAAGAUGGUGGACAUCAGGGAGCAGCUCAACAGCGGCAUGGAGGUGGACAUGGAGAGCCAGCCGGUCGUCCUGCUCGUCGGGCUUCUCAAAAGUUUUCUGAAGGAGCUUCCUGGCAGCCUGCUAGUGUCUGAACUUUAUGACAAGUGGAUGGCGGCUCUGGACAUUGAAGACAGCCAGCAGAAAGCUCUGGAAACCAAAAAGGUGGUAGAUGAGAUCCCGGGGCCCAACAAACUCCUCCUGCAGUAUCUGCUCUGCGUCCUCCAUCACAUCCUGGAGAACGCUGCCUCUAACAAGAUGGACGCCCACAACCUGGCGGUGUGUAUCGGCCCGACGCUGCUGCAGCUGGACGACACCCCGCUGGAAGAGCAGAAGGAAAAAACCGAAAAAGUCUCAAAGCUAACCAAGUACCUGAUUGAGCAUUGUGAGAUCGUUGGGGAGAAUAUCCCAAAUCUGCUGGAUACUGAUGAAGACUCGCUGUGCUCCCAGCACCAUGACUCAGCGUACGACAGCACUGACCUGGAUGGAGAUGGAGAGAGCGGGACGUCCUCCUCCAGGGAGGGUUGUCCCAGCUUCCCCACCUCCUCCUGGCCCGCUGAGACCGAGUUCAACUCAAAAUCACCAUUCAGCCGCCGUUGCUCCGAGCCCAUCAUCCUGCUCUCAGCCGACCUGCACAGCCACUGCAGCCACUCCAGGAGCCACGACGACUGCUCGCUGGAGAGGACGCACUUUGAGGAGCAGCCACUCAGAAAGCAGAUCUCCGACGACUCCUUCCUGCUCAGAGAACGAGGUGGAGCAAAACAGGUGUCCUUUCCAAAACUGAGCAGCAGCUCCAACAUGGAUCACCUGCCCUACAUGGCAGCGAACUGCUCCUGCUCCUCUCUGGAGAGCGCCGCCUCGAAUCAGUCAGAAGGCUCUGUUUUCACCAGCUCUCCCGUGGGGUCGCCAACCUGCACCCGGAGAGAAAACAAAACCAUUGAGCAGGACAUUCCAAGGCCGAUUCCAGAUGACAAAAAACGUUCACAGUCCAUGAGAGUUGCCAGUAAAGUCCUCAUGAGGACCAGGAGCUUAGGAGCCUUCAGCAGGGGCAGCUUGAAGAAGGACUCUCAGAAGGAAAACUCCUUCCCCUGUGAAACUCUGCAGGAGGACUCUCAGAGUGAAGCAGAUCCACCGGCUGAGCCCAAACCUCGCCCUCUGUCCGCCUUUGAAGUGUUCAAGCAGGUGGACAGCAAGAUCCCCUGCAGACCCCCGUCGUACAUGCAGGCGGUGCAGAACGCCGGUUCUCCUCCACGGUACGGAUCGAUGACUGUACACGACGCCAUCGAGCAGGGGAGAAGGUCCCGGCCAUCCUCUGUAAAUUAUGACUUCCCAGGCACCAGCUCAGUCUGUCAGUACAGAGACUCUUUCCCUCAGGAGGCGCAGGACAACGCUAACGUCCAGCAGCGGCAGCCUUUCCGGCAGAGAGCGAUGUCAGAGUCCGUGUCCGCAGGUCGCCGAGAGGCCGUGUCCCGGAGAUGCAGCCAGCCUGUGUUUGAGGAAUUUUGUUACGCCAAGGAGUCUUAUGUUUGAAUGACUUUACACAGAUUGGAAUUUUAGAUAUAUACAAACAUUUAUCAGUGGGCAUAGCCGAAGAUCUGGUUUUCAAACUUCAAUACAGCAACCCUGCAAACUCAUUUUAUUUUUAACUCAUUCAGAGAAAAGCAUUUGUGAUCUUUGCUGAUUUAGAGAACAUAAUAUUGUGAGUACUUUGCUUCAUAAUAGCAGCUACCUACUCCCCUUUUCACUGUUCUUGGGUUGUUGAGACAGAGGAAAUGUGAUUCAAGGCUCUGCCCACUGAGCAGCUCUGUGUUAGAGAAUUGCUUGUAUAUGUCCAGAUAUUCCAAUCUUUAUUUUAUCACUGUUUCACUUUAAAUGAAUGUCAUAUGUGGUUGCACUUUCUCAGUAGUACUAUUAAGAGUACACCACUUAAAAGAGAUGUAGUUAUUUUAUGUAUGAUAGUCUAUCACGAUGAAGCUAUGAAAACACAGUUGACUGUGGAUCAAAUAUGCUAUGAGUUUUCAUUUUCUGUUUUAGUUGUGAUGUGUACAGUAUUGCUAAUAAUAUUUUUGCUUUUUGUAAAUUCUCUUCUAAUGCAUUGUAUUUUUCUUCCACUACACUAAAGCACUUUUUCUUGUGAUAGACUAUGCUUUGUAUGCUAAAUUGUAAAUAAAAUAAGAUAGAUGUAAUAUUUGUCAUGCGGUUUUCCAGAUGGUUUGAGCUCUAAUGGAAGAAAAUAACGCAAUAAAAGAAAAUAACAAAAGAAAAAA